UCCUGCUAUUCGUUUCCAGUUCAUUUCUCCACCUGUUUUCGCUCCAGCCACUGCUGGGAACGAACUCCUCACGCAUCUCUUUCUCUCCGCGAUUUGCCUAACACUCCCAUCUAUGUCUCUCUCUUCAAUUUUUCUUUCGAAAUUUCCACAUAUAAGCACAAAAUUUGGAACGAAUUGAUAGCCAACUUUUUCCAAAGUAUCCUGGUGAACUUCCUGCCAAUUAGACUACGUACAGAUGCAAAUGCGUGUAAUGGAGCUUGAUCCUGAUUUUCUGCUUGCAAAAUCUCUUCUGAGCGGCGGAUUGUGCCGGUUGAAAAACAAUUAGAUGAAGCAGCAUUUUGGCUGAGGUAGAUCAAAAUUUCAGCUUCUAAUAGCUGGGCUGUUUUUGGCAACAAAAUUUCCUCGGAAGCUCUCUUUUGAAGGAUUUAUCAAUGGGCUUUUUGAUUUCUUGAGCAGAAAUUUAAGCUUUUGCUUCUGCUCGAUGGUAGCAGCGAGACACAGAUGAAGGAAAUGAAUGCCCGCGGUUUUGUUGUGAGAUUGUGAUAGGAGUGGUCCAUUUGUGUAUCUAGUUGCAUUGGGAGCCUAAAUGAGAUAAGUAAUCAGCAAGAACAAAUGGAUUGAAGCAUCAAAAUUCGUUGGAUGCAAUGUUCAAGACAUUUGCAUCUGCGUUGCUGGUGUUGUUGUUUUUGUUGUCGUUGUCUGUUUGCGUCUCGGCUGCAGACAAUGAGUACCACUGCAGCUGUGACGAGGAGGGUUUUUGGAGCGUUGAGAACAUCUUGGAGUGCCAAAAAGUCAGUGAUUUCUUGAUCGCAGUGGCCUACUUCUCCAUCCCUAUUGAGCUGCUUUACUUCCUUAGUUGCUCCAACAUUCCUUUCAAAUGGGUGCUGAUUCAGUUCAUCGCGUUCAUUGUCCUGUGUGGGAUGACUCAUUUGCUGAAUGGUUGGACGUACGGACCUCACACCUUUCAACUCAUGCUUGCUCUCACCAUUUUCAAGUGUCUCACUGCCCUUGUUUCGUUUGCAACGGCUAUAACCCUCUUCACCCUCAUCCCGUUGCUGCUAAAGGUGAAGGUGAGGGAGAUCAUGCUGAAGAAGAAGACUUGGGAUCUUGACCGGGAAGUUGGGAUUAUCAAGAAGCAGAAGGAGGCUGGCUUGCAUGUUAGGAUGCUAACACAUGAGAUCCGCAAGUAUCUUGAUCGCCAUACUAUUUUGUACACGACUCUUGUUGAGCUGUCAAAGACUCUGGAUUUGAAGAACUGCGUUGUUUGGAUGCCAAACACGGGUAGAACGGAGAUAACUUUAACACAUGAGUUGAGAGAGCAUAACUACCCAAACGCAUAUACCUCAGUCAUCCCUACUAGUGAGCCUGAUGUGAGAGAGAUCAAGGGAAGUGAACGGGUGAAAAUACUUGAUCCCGAAUCACCCCUUUCUCUUGCAAGCAGUAGGGAAGUUGGUGAGCCGGGAUCUGUGGCUGCGAUUAGGGUGCCAAUGCUGAGGGUUUCCAAUUUCAAAGGUGGCACUCCUGAGAUGGUUCCCGCCUGUUAUGCCAUACUCGUGUUGGUCCUUCCCGAUGGGAAGGGUAGAACGUGGAGCAAACAGGAACUCGAGAUAGUAGAGGUGGUUGCUGAUCAAGUUGCUGUGGCUCUAUCCCAUGCAGCUAUUCUUGAAGAAUCUCAACUCAUGAGAGACAAGCUUGUGGAACAAAAUCGAGCGCUGGAGCAGGCCAAACAGGAUGCACUAAUGGCAAGUCAGGCACGCAAUGCAUUUCAAAUGGUGAUGAGUAAUGGAUUAAGAAGGCCAAUGCAUUCAAUUCUUGGCCUGCUCUCAGUGUUGCAGGAUGAACAGCUUAGUGAGGAGCAGCUUCUUCUCAUUGACACAACAUUCAAGACUGGUAACGUUCUUUCAACACUGAUAAAUGAUGUCAUGGACACUGCAGCGAAGGACAAUAGGAGAUUCCCCUUGGAUAUGAAGCCCUUUAAACUGCAUUCUAUGAUUAAAGAAGCUGCUUGCCUCUCCAAAUGCCUAUGUGCUCAUAGGGGAUAUAAUUUUGUUAUUGAAGUGGAUAAGUCGUUGCCAAAUUAUGUGAUAGGUGAUGAGAGAAGAGUGUUUCAGGUGAUUUUGCAUAUGGUUGGUAAUCUGUUGAAUGCAAACAGAGGAGGUGGUUUUCUUUUGUUACGAGUGUAUUCAGCAAGUGGGAGUCAGGUGUGGAAUGAGCAGAGACGAGGGCAAUGGAGGUCGAAUUCAUCAGAUGGAUAUGCUUAUGUUAGGCUUGAAGCCGGUAUUUGCCAUACCGGUUCCCAAGAAGCCAACAGUUCUUCUAUGAUCCAGUACAGUAGGCAGAGAUGCUCUGGUGGAGGCGAGGAAACCAUGAGCUUUAACGUAUGCAAAAAACUUGUUCAGCUGAUGCAAGGAGACAUCUGGAUGAUAUCAAAUCCGGAGGGCUUCGAUCAGAGUGUGGCUCUCGUCUUGCGCUUCCAGGCCCGGGCAUCCAUUGCAAGAGGCAUAUUAGAAAAUGAACAAUCUAUGCAGCGCAUGCAAUCUAACUCUGCCUUCAGAGGUCUGAAAGUUCUCUUAGCCGAUGCUGAUGAUGUGAACAGAGCCGUGACGAGGAAGUUGCUGGAGAAGCUGGGAUGCGUCGUGUCUGCAGUCUCAUCUGGAUACGAAUGCCUCAGUGCUCUUGGUCUGUCUGCGUCCUCACUCCAACUCGUGCUUCUGGACCUUCACCUUCCCGACUUGGAUGGCUUCGAAGUCGCCAUGAAGUUACGCAAGUUCAGGAGCCGGAACUGGCUGCUGAUCGUGGCCUUGACCGCGAGCGACGACGAAGAGACGAGGGAGAAGUGCUUGCAGGUUGGAAUGAAUGGUGUUUUUGCAAAACCAGGUUCGUUGCAAGAUAUUGCUUAUGAGCUCGAGGCUAUUUUGCUGCAGGCGAAUAGACUAUAUUCCUAGAUAUUGUUAGUUGAUUGAAUGAACUAAAUUAAUUAUGCCUUGUUAGAAUAAAAUCAAAGGCACAUUUAUUUGUCUGAAUCUGAUCGGUAGCUAUUAGUAUUACACAAAAAGUAUACAAAAAAUCUUCUUUUGUA